AUGGAUGAUAAGGGGCUUAAACGUACAAUUCAUAUGCAGCUGAAGGAGGCAAUACAUCAGUGUUCAGAGAGAGGGCUUUAUUUGAGCGCAAGAUGGGCAGCAGAGCUCUUGAAUGGGAUGGAGUCAAUUGAAUCGGUAAAUGACUAUGAUUCUUUGUGUAUAAAAAUGGAUGGUCAUAUUGAAGAUGAGAGGGAUUUUGCACCGGAAGGACAGGAUAUGAAAGAAAAGCAACGGGUUAAGAUGUUGCUUGAAGAGAAGGAAAAUAACAGAUAUGCAUUAGCAAAAUGUUAUUUUGAUUGCAAGGAAUAUGAUCGUUGUGCGUAUUUUCUGAAAACAUGUCAAAGUACGAAAUCUAUAUUUCUUCGUUUAUACGCAAAAUUUCUUGCAGGAGAAAAGAGAGGAGAUGAGGAUAGUGAGUCAAUUCUUGGUCCUCUGGAUGGUAGUAGUGUUAAAAAUCGUGAAAUUGCUUCUAUAUGUCAAGAACUUGAAAAGAUUGUUGAGGUUCAAAAGGAUGCAUUUUUAUUAUAUCUUUUAGGGUUUCUUCAAAGGAAACAGAAACAAGAAUCUUUGUCGAUCAAAACGUUGAUACAGUCAAUUAACUUGUAUCCAUAUAAUUGGGGUAGUUGGCAAGAGUUAUCUAUGUCUUUGACUGGUAUAAAUAUGCUAAAUUCAAUUACGUCUGCUUUACCAGAUUGUUUUAUGAAAAAGCUAUUCCUGAUUUAUGCUAUUCUUGAACUUCAUCAAUCCGGCGAGCCUCUUUAUCGUCAAAUUGUUGAACUUGAAGCAUUGUUUCCUAAUAGUUUAUUCUUAAAAACACAAAGAGCCUUAAUACCGUAUAAUGGAAGAGAUUUUGAGGAAGCAGAAAAACAGUUUGAAGAAAUUGCAAAACUUGAUCCAUAUCGACUUGAUGAUAUGGAUAUAUAUUCGAAUAUUUUGUUUGUGAUGUCUAAGCGUUCAAAGCUUGGAUUUCUAGCUCAAAUAGCAUCUUCUACCGACAAGUUCCGUCCUGAAACAUGUUGUAUUAUAGGGAAUUAUUAUAGUUUACUUUCAGAGCAUGAAAAAGCUGUUAUUUAUUUUAGACGUGCUUUAAAAUUAAAUAGAAAUUGGUUAUCUGCUUGGACUUUAAUGGGUCACGAAUAUGUUGAAAUGAAAAAUACUCAUGCAGCAAUAGAAGCAUAUCGUCGUGCAGUAGACGUUAAUCGCAAGGAUUAUAGAGCCUGGUAUGGUCUUGGGCAAACUUACGAAGUUUUAGAAAUGCAUUAUUAUGCUCUUUAUUACUAUCAACGAGCAGCUGCUUUAAAGCCAUAUGAUCAACGGAUGUGGCAAGCUCUUGGGAAUUGUUAUGAAAAACUUGAUAGACCUGGUGAAGCAAUAAAAUCAUACAAACGAGCGUUAUUAGGUUCUGCUGCUGAUCCUGUAAUUUUAUUAAAGCUUGGAGGGAUAUUUGAAAGAAUUGGAGAUACAGAUACUGCAGCGAUGUAUUAUAAGCAAUGUAUUACAGCAGAAGAUGAUGAUGUAAUCACUUUAGAAAGUAGUAAGGCACAUAUGUGGUUAGCAAAGUGGGAAAUGAGUCGAGGAAAUUUACGUAAGGCUGAAAAGUAUGCUACUGAAAUUAUGAAUGGAUCAUUUGAUUUAGAAGAAGCUAAAGCCCUUGUAAGAGACUUACGAAGUAGAAUGGAUCAAGAUGGAGUUUAA